ACAAAAUUGUUCGCCGAAUAAACAAUUCGUGCAAAUAAAACUCAUAUCAUAAGAUAAACAGAUAAAUUCAGAUGAAAACUGCGUGUUUCGCCUAAGACACCAAUCAGUGAUAAUUUGAAUCUUGUUGAAGAUCAUUCCGUAAUAAACAUGAAGAUUUUAGAAGUCGGACUGCACAUUUUGAGUUUUUGGGUAUUUGUCACUAGCGGACUGUUAUAUCAUCGGUACGAAGAAAUCAGUCGCAAAACGCAUGGUGAUUUAGUUCUUAACACUGACGUUGAUCCCGAGACUGGUAUUCGUGGUAUUAUAAGAUCAUGGAGUCAAAGCACUGUUCCCUAUUUGUUGGUGGGAAACAUCACAUCAGAACAGGAAAAUAUUAUACGAGAAGCUAUGAAUGAAAUACAAGAGGUGAGCUGCGUGCGUUUUGUGGAACGCGAUGCCUCAAACAAAAACUUUGUCAUCAUAAGUUUGUAUAAGUCCGGCUGUUGGUCUGCAUUGGGAAUGCUCGGUGGUGCACAGGAUUUAAAUUUAGAUCCUCGUGGGUGCAUGACGAAAGGAGCCAUUUUGCAUCAGUUGAUGCAUACACAGAUAAAAAUAUUUUGUACGCUUGGUUUCAGUCAUCCCAGCAGCCGAUCAGAUCGAGAUUUUUACGUUUCUGUGGUAUCGGAAAACAUUAACAGCCAUGAUUUAGUUCAUUUGGACAAAGCUAGUCCCGGAGAAUAUGUCGACUUUGGAAUACCAUAUGACUUCGACAGUAUAAUGCACCGCAGCGGGUGGGCUUUCAGUGCCAAUGGAAAGCAAACGAUCAAAGCAUUGGAUGCAAAUGUUGAUUUGGGACAACGGGAAAAACUAAGCUUCAAGGAUAUCAGACAGUUGAACAAAAUGUACCAAUGUGUAAAAAAUUAAAAUAAAAGGAAGAAUAAUUUGGCAUAAUCCGCAAAAUUCGACUUUUCUUCUAAAAGUAAAAUUCGGAAAACAAUCAUUAAUGACGAAGCUUAUUUUUCAAUCACUUUUAGAGCAUUACUUUAAGGGAAUCAAUAACAUCAUUAUGGUUAUAUUACAACGUUGUUUCACUUUGUUUAUGUUACAUUAAUCUCGGCAUGCUAAUCAACAACGCCUAUCUUUACCUAAGUAUA